AUGACAGUGUGCCUGAUGUCCAUGCUGCUUCUUCUAAGUGUUGAGGCAGCAGACCCAUUGGAGGAGCGAAUGAAACUUCAGGUAAACAGGGAAGUGACAAAAAGCAGGAAGUACCUGAUGUUAAAACUUCUGACUGAGCUGUUGGAGUCUGAUGACAAUCUCUUGGAAAAUGACUUCACAUCUUUGAGCCCGGGAGACGGAGAAGAGAGUUCGGUUGAAGAGAGGUCGGUUAACGCGGGGAUCCCCCGCAGACAGCAGAAGACACCUUGUAAAUUGUUCUUUUGGAAAACAUUCUCGCACUGUUAAUUAUUAUGGAGUUUCUAAACCAGCAGAAUUGUAUUAAAAACGGCUUGUUUUCCUGUAAAGGCUUAACUUUAAAAGUUUUACAAAUCUGGCCGCACAUCUGUCCUUUUUCGAGAUUAUAA